CCCCACUUGCCUGCGCGCAGUUCCCUCGCGGGCAGCUCCCUCCUCCUCCCCCCCCCCCUGCCUCCUCCUCCCUCUCUUCCCCUUUGCCUGCUCUACCACGAUGGCCGAGGCGGCUGACACCCCCUCGGAUUACUCCUCGGAGGCCGAGUGCCAGGAUCUGCUGUCCUCCUUUCAAACCUGCCUGAAGGGCAUCGACCAUGAUCGGCUGUUUCGUUCGCGCGGUGCCCCUGCCUUCCUGUGGGAGCAUCUGCAGACAUUGGGCUGGACAUCCCACAAUGCCACUAGCCGACAGGUGGCCGAUGCCGAAGCCGUCGAUGUCGAGAUCCAGGCCCUGUCCAAGCAUGUGGAACAUCGAACGGCGGCUCUCCUGAAGGAGGAGACGGCCACCUUCCAGCCGCAGUGUGCCACGGCCAUGGGGCGCAUUUUCGACCGGCUGGAUGCCCGCCGCAUGGCCGCCGGCGAGCCGCUCCCCCGGACGGUUCGCCAGUUGCGCGAUUGCAACCAGCGUCUGCGAGACCUCUCGGCUUCCAAGAUCACCUACUCCCUCUUUUGGGAUGUGACUCGACCCUGCGCAAGCGAGUGGGCCUCCCUGCUGGAGUACACUCGCCACUGUCCCCGCGGCCUGGCAGUCAACCGGAUCCCCGGCUUGGCGCUACUUUCCAACAAGGCUCGCCUUGCUACCUUCCUCCAGGCAGUGGCCAAGGCGUUGGACGCCAUGGCCUCCAGCCACCCGGCCAGCUGCCGUCAUGCUCAUGGCCCCUGCCCGCGACUGCGCCUUUUCCAAGAGCUAGCCACAUACUACCGGCACCACAUGACCCCAGCGACGUAUGUCCUUCCGCGGGAUCUCGGCACUUUGCUCCGGGACCUGGCGCCUGGCUUGCUGAGCGAGAUGGCCUCGACGGUGGAUUCGCGGGGCAUGGACCUCCCGGCCGCCCCGGGCCCGGCGGGACCCUUGACCCUCGAGCAUGCACUCAUCAGCAAGCCCCCGCGCGAUUGUGGCGGCCGGGGGAUCUUCAUCACGCGUGACCUGGCUCAGGUGCUGCUGGCCAUGCCCGACAUGCCGGCCGCCAAUGACCCCUCGGGGUUGCCAUGCUCCGCUUCGCUGGCGGCCAUCCGGCGCCUGGGCUUGACCGCGCCACAGCCCACAUGCCAGCCCCGGCUGCCGCGAGCCCCGGCCCCGCGUAGCCUUGUUGCCCAGCAGUACCUCCACCGGCCGCAUUUGAUUGCCGGCUAUAAGUAUGACCUACGGGUGUAUGUGGUGGCAGUGCGCCGGCCGGCCGGGGCCGCCGCUGGUCCCCCUCUCGACGUGUGGGUCUAUCGCGAGGGGCUCAUCCGGGUGUGCCCCUUCCCGUAUCCACCUGCCCGGUCGGGCCUCUCCCCCGGUGUGGAGCCCGAGUUUGACAACCUCCAUGCGCACCUGACCAACACCUGUCUCAAUCGGGAUUGGUUUGAUGCGGCUGUCGGCAAUGGCAGCGCCAAUGGCACCGACAUGGGCAGCAGCGCCAGCAGCAUCGGCGCCGGUGAUUCGGACUUCGAGCGGGAAGAAGAUGGCGCAGCCUCCGUCCAGGAUCCGGACGCGCUGCACUCGGUCGAGAGCUGCGUCCGCGCUGUUCGUGAGAGCCUCCAGCAUGAUGGCGCCCCGCCGGCAUGGCCGCUUUCCACUGUCUGGGCAUACAUCGAUGAUGAGCACCGGCGCACGUCCGGUCCCCCCUGCACUGAGGGCCCCAGCCCGAGCCAACGCAUUCGUCGGGAUAUCUACCGGCUGGUGUCGCGCACGCUGGUCCCGCUCUCCGAGGCCCCGGCAAAUAGGGAGCUGUACUUCCCCUGCGAGACAUCCGCCCCCGCAAGUGACCGGGGGCUCUUUUGCUUUGAGCUUUAUGGCUUUGAUUUGAUGCUCCACCGGGCGGCGGGCGGCCAGGAUGCCCCGCUUCAGCCGGCUCUCUUGGAGGUCAACCAGAACCCCUCCCUGUCACCGGGGCUCGGUGAUGCAGACCACCGGAUCAAAGCCGCUCUGAUUGGCUCGCUGGCCGAGCUGGUGGAGGCCCGCAACCGGGUGCCGGCCCCAGGGGCCAUCUUCGACUGGGUCACCUGCCGAUCAGGGCAUGACGACCCUGACACGGCAACCACCGGCCCGCAGUUUGAUUUCCUCCCGGCUGAGGAUUUCUGGACGGCCGAUGGCUUGCCGGCUUGUGGGGACAUUCAGGAUGCGACCGGUGGUCUCGCAGGCGAGACCAUCUUCCAAUCCAUGGCCGCUUUCUGGCCGAAUGUCAAGAUCUAAGUGGUGAUCCCUCGAAUGUCUCUGCCAUGCCUUGCAUCUUUGUGAAAGGGCCACCAAUGGCUCUGUCUGUCUGUGUGUGUGUGUGUG